CCGCUUCGAAGCUCAGAGUAGGAGGCUUCUCCGGGCUGCGUGGUCAGGGAAGUGGUUGGUUAGGAUUUGGAGGGACUAUCAAUGGACACCCAGAAGGACGUUCAACCCCCAAAGCAGCAGCCAAUGAUAUAUAUCUGCGGAGAAUGUCACACAGAAAACGAAAUAAAAUCCAGGGAUCCAAUCAGAUGCAGAGAAUGUGGAUAUAAAAUAAUGUACAAGAAAAGGACUAAAAGAUUGUUGGUUUUUGAUGCCCGAUGAAACAUGGAGUUCAGAGGAUUAUCUUCAUUUGUACCUGGAUUUGCUGUUAAUGUUGUAUAGCCUUUGAUUAGUGUAUAUAUCUUUAUGAAUACAAAUACACAUGAUUUCAUUUUAAAAUCCAUCUUGUAUUUAGGUAUCAAUAGUUUCUAUAAAGAAAAGCUUUUUGUUCAAUAAUUGAUAAUAAUUUACUUUUAUUGUAUAUAUAAUCUGACACAGGGU